AAAUGUCUGGGAAUGUCGGACACAAAUUUGCUUAUACUUAGGUAUAGUUCAGUCAAAUUUCACAGUUGGAAUCAGUGUUUCCUGCACUACUUUUCAGCAGUGGCAAUCCCCCGCUGCUGAGACAUGACAAAAUAACUCAUAAUUGACCUGAGACGUAGAUGAUCGUUUUGCAGUCUGUACUGAAUGUGAUGCAAUAAAAAGACCAUGUGCUGUUUUAUAAUGCAGAGAAUGUGUAUUUUAAUGGUGCCGUCCCUAUGGACUGUGCUGUCAACAACAUACAAUGCAACCAGCGCAUUCAAAUUCAACAACAACUCUUAUAAACCAGUUCUUUAAUCGUGAAUCAAAAACAAACUAAACUUCUAGCACUGAAUGUUUCUGAUUCGCUAAAAAGAACCAGUUCAUAAGAAUCAUUAUUUCAUCAGAAUCAGACUAAACAGCUUGUGCUCUAUGUUUCCUGAUGUACUGAUUCUUAUGAACUGCAUGGUUCUUUUUAGCAAAGAAAAAAGAUACAGCACAGUCAGUAGCUAUGUUUCCAUCACCAUGUUUUUAUGCGCAUUUUGAAGUAUCGAAUGAGAAACGAGUGAUGAAUACACCACUUGCAAAAAAGUUUUUACGCUCGCUUGAGGUGGUUUUGACUUGUGCGAAAAGGACUUGUGGGAAUAAUGGGAGAUUGAAAUGCAUUUGCCAAAUAAAUUCCUUCAUGCCCAUCUAAAAAGUUAAUGUGACUUUGCACUAUGGGAUGGCAAAACCUGAGUAACCAGUGGACCGAUCUCAUUCCACAGCAUCUGAAAUGUUGUUAUGGCCAUUAUGAAAUGCCCAAGCAAAGUCUGUCGUCUGUAUAUUUCUGUAUAAUUGCCUCCCAGAACUGUUACAUUCUGGCAUGCAUGAAAACAAUGACCAAAUUUAUUUUAUUUUGUCUGCUUGCACAGGUGCAAGUAACAUAUUAUAUAUGAAAAUUAUUAUAUUCAGUGCCUUCUACUUUUUUAGUAAUAUAUAUUGGAACACACAUAUAGUGGAAACAGUGCUUAUUUUUUGUAUUAUUUUAUUGUAUUAUUAUUUGUAACUUUGAAUGGAAUCCUGGCUAAUGUAACCUGAUUCCCAAAUUAAUGGCUCUUAUGCAAAGGCUCUUUGUGGCAGACAAAUGCAUUAAAUAAACUUAAUAAAAUUAACAAUAACAAAAAUGAUUCUUUGCUUCAUAAGGAUGUGAUUGGUGCUUUGCACAGCCACAGAUGCAUUACAGCCACUCUCUACCCAUCUUUGUCUUUUGUUUUCUUCCUUUUCAUGGUAACCACAGUGUCCCUCCCACACACACGCACAUAUACGCAUGCACACUCACACACUGCAGUAUAGGAUCUCUUAACCCACAUGCCGUGUGGUUUAAUUUUCUCGGAGAGUAAGUGAGAGAGAUAAGAAAGAGAAAGAAAGAAAGACAGGGAGGCGUUGGGCCCACUGAUUCCAUUCUCUUAGUUAAGGAGUUUCCAUUGGCACACAGCCAUUUCCAAUGACCAAGGACUACUUUCUGUUUUUACGUUUUAAUUUGGGCAGCAGUAAACCGUCAGCGUUCGUCAAGGCUCACAGCUUCUACACGCUCGCUCUGAUUGAAGGAGCCUUUCGACAGUAACCACCACAUGCAACCUGCUGUGAAUGGAGUCCAGCUUUGAGGGCUUGCGCCUGUCUGCAUCGUCUGUAUGGAGUACACAAACUGCCUCUUUUGCCCAGUCAGGAGUUAAAUCAAGAUGACAAGGGGUGUGAGCGGUAUGUCCGUGGAUGAGAAGUCUGAAGCUCCCAUGUACGUGUAUGAGUCGACAGUGCACUGUACCAACAUCCUGCUGGGUCUGAAUGAGCAGCGGAAGCAGGGCCUGCUCUGUGAUGUGACCGUGCUGGUGGAGGGGAAGGAGUUCCGCGCGCACAGGGCUGUCCUAGCAGCCUGCAGCGAGUACUUCCUACAGGGGUUCGUCACCCAAAGUGACAAUGAACUGGUUCUCAGCAUGCCAGAGGAGGUCAGUGCCCGGGGAUUCGCUCCAUUGUUACAGUUUGCCUAUACGGCUAAGCUGCUGCUCAGCAGAGAAAACAUCCAGGAGGUCAUCCGCUGUGCUGAAUUCCUGCGCAUGCACAACCUGGAAGACUCCUGCUUUCGCUUCCUGGAGGCCCAGCUGCGCAGUGAGGAGGAUGGCCUGGUCCUCUGUCGCAAGAUGGCAUCUGAGAGCAAUCACUCGGAGGAAGAAAGCAUGCAACCUGAGUUGCUGACAACAACGCCAACUGCAGUGACCCUGUCUGGCUCUCCACACUCUCGCCGUGAACUUGCCCUGAACUCCUUGCGGCGGCCAGACCAUGAGCGGCUGGCAGCGACAGAGGAGUUCGCUGAUGGACGGAUGGACUUCGAGCAUCACGGCACCUCAGACCUGCCACGAUGCCCUAAAUACAGGAAGUACCAGUGGGCAUGCAACAAGCACAAUAACGACACCUCCUCACACACCAGUACCUCAGGUUUUCCAAGCACAUUCAAGGAGAUGAACAGGCCAGCUGUGAUGCAAAUCAAGCAGGAGCCACGCAGCGAGGAAGAGUCCAUCUCGCUUUGCCUGUCAGGGGACGAGCAGGAUGGUGGUGAAAAGGACGGUGUGGCCGAGAUGGAACUGGAUGGUUCCAUUGCAGUGGACCAACCAAAAGGCAGCAGCAAGUCACCCACCUGCCUACGAACUCUCUUUAAGAAGGACCUGCCUAGCACACCCCAGCAGGUCUUCGCUAACAGACUCGUCAGUGCCCAGGAUAAAGGAACCACUCAGGGAGACCACAAAAAAGACUACAGGCCUUCGCUUGGCAAUGAGCUUGGCAUGCCUGUGGCGUUCCCCAAAGACACAGAUGGUUUCCCGCCAGGGCUUACGUUGAAGUCAGCUCCCUGCGAUGGUGUGUGCAAGCAAGAGGUGGAGCCGGAUCGCCGCAGUGUCAUCUUCUCCUCAGGGCCCUGUGACCGACUGGGUACACCCACCCACUCCCAUCCCAGCGGGAACUCACUGGAGAAGGAGCUGUCAGAACACAUGCCAAAGGGAUUGUGGGCCGGCGGCAGCCAGUCCCUCCCCAGCUCCCAGACCUACUCCCCCAGCACCACAGCCAGCGACCCACCCCUGCUUUGCCGCCAAAGGCCCAACACCAGUUGCCCAGUGCCAAUCAAAGUAUGCCCGCGAUCGCCCCCCUCAGAGACCCGAACUCGGACCUCCAGUUCCUGUUCGUCGUAUUCUUAUGCUGAGGACGGGAGUGGCGGGUCUCCCUGCAGCCUGCCGCAGUUCGAGUUUUCGUCCUCUCCUUGCCCCAAUGUGACACGGUGUCUCACGACUGACCCGCAGGAGGCAGGCGGUGGGACGGAUGCGCUAUUUGCACGCGUGCGGCCCAAGAUAAAGUGUGAGCAGUCGUAUGGAACCAAUUCCAGUGAUGAGUCAGGGUCCUUUUCGGAGGGGGACAGUGAAUCAUGUCAUGCUCGAGAGCAAGGCCCUGAGGUCAAGCUUCCGUUCCCAGUCGAUCAAAUCACAAAUCUUCCACGCAACGACUUCCAAAUGAUGGUGAAAAUGCACAAGCUGACCUCAGAGCAGCUGGAAUUUAUCCACGACGUGCGCAGACGCAGUAAGAACCGCAUCGCGGCCCAGCGCUGCCGCAAGAGGAAACUUGACUGCAUUCUGAACCUUGAGUGUGAAAUACGCAAACUAGUGUGUGAGAAGGAGAAGCUCUUAACAGAGCGCAACCAGUUGAAGGCGUGCAUGGGAGAGUUAUGGGAGAAUUUCUCCUGUCUAUCUGAGGAGGUGUGUCGAGAUGUGCAGCUGAGCCCGGAACAGGUCCAUCACUACUGCCCCAUUCUGCGCCCCGGCAACCAGGCCCUGCCCACCGGCAGCAUCGACCUCACCACUUGCUCCACCCCCGAACAGAGCUUCCACAAAUCGGCCACCGCAAAAGACGGUCAACCGCGACCGGCCCAGUGGAAGACCGGAAACGGGUCCGAAGACGUAAGCAACGACAGGGAGGAGCAAGAACCUGGCUCCGCCUACCUGGAGGCGGGGCUGUCCCUGGAACAGUCCAAUCAGACGGUGACAGUAGACUUCUGUCAGGAGAUGACAGAUAAAUGUACAACCGACGAACAGCCCAACAGAAAGGACUGUACCUAAUGAUGGUGGUUUCUCUGUGUUGAUUUGUUUUACGAUGUUUUUUUUUUUUAUUAUUUAAUUUAGUUAUGUCUUCUGAUAAACCCUCAAAAAUCGAGGGCUGUUGAGAUGGCCAGCCUCUGCCAGUGUUUUUGAUUUUUUUUUUAUAUAUAUUUAUGUCUUUUUAUUGUCUUUUUUUAAACAAAGGUUGACACUACAGUUGUCUUAACAGCAGCAAUACUGUUCUCCAGGUUCUCUCUCAUUCAGCCAUGGCAGAGUGGCUGAGACCUUCUCACAGAACUUCACGAUGGUGCUACACCUUUCCAUGACAGUGGCAACACUGUCUGUUUCCAAUUACAGUCCAUUCAGAUGGGAUGGGCUCUGACCACAUCUCAAAUUCAGACCUCUACGGACCUAGCAGCAGCUUUUUGCUCUCUCUCUCUCUCUCUCUCUCUGUCUCUCUCUCUCUCUCUCUUCGUCCCCCCCCCCCCCACCCCCCCCCCCCCACCCACGUUCACUGUUCCUGCCCUCUACCUCUAAAUCUCUACCACUCCUUCUCUCUUCUCUUUCUCUUUGUGGCCCUUGUCACAGUAAAUUCAAACUCAGGAAAUAUUCUGAAUGUUCAGUAUAACUCAUGAAAAAAAAAAAAAAUAAUACAGAUUUUUUUUCUACAGCAGCUAGACUGUAAAUGUCCAUAUGCAAAAAUGUCUUCUGCAUCAUACGUUAGUAGUGUCUGUGUACCGCAACACUUAAUUUGUACAGAUGGUGGUAUCUAAAACAUUCCUCCUUUGCCUUCCACAGCACUGAUACGAAAGAAAGUACGACGGAAAGACGAAUGAUUCGCAUCGUAGUUUCGCCCACCUUUUGCGUCAGCAAUACUGUACCAUUGGAUGUUUUUCGAGAAGUGCUUGCUCGGCAGAAAGCGUAUUGUAAAUAAUGCGGCGCAUGGAGACGGUUUCGGUAAUAUUGUACAGGUAGAACUUUAGAUGGCUUUUUCGUUUUUCUUUGCUUUCUUUUCUCUGGGGUUUUAACAAGCACCUUUUUGUCCCGAAGGGAAAAUUGUUGCUGUUUCCUGUCUCAAAUGAAUCCCCCAUGACGAUGGGUGUGCUUAAACUCAGGAAACUAGCACUCUUACACUCACGCAUGCACACACACGCUCGCAUACGACAACCCCCCUCCACCCCAGUGCAGCGCAUAGAGCCCCUUGCAUGUAAUUUGGAUGAAAAUGGUGUGCGUAAUGCUGUUCUCCUUUAAAUGUGAAAAAGUGCUCUCUGAGGAAACCUUAUUUCUUAUCAGUAUUUACAGUGUGUUCACGGACACCUCCGAACAGUGUUAUCUAAAACAAACGUCGUCACGAUCACACACCCUUUCAGUUUCGGCCCAUUUUAUCGCUCUGACAGGAACAGGAAAUGAUGUUAAAGUCAAUUAAAGGCUUUUUUUCUUCCCUCAGCACUCUUUGACCGUUUAGCACUUCAGAAAGGGUAGAUUUCUUUUUCAGGACCCUAAAAAGUCUGAAAUUGAAGCACUUAACGCGGACACUUAAAAGUGUCUUUUCAGGCAGAUGAUCUUUAAUGACUUGGUAUCUUAUAAAGAAUUUUUUCAGGUUCAUUUAAAUGAAAAAAAUAAGGAAGUGUUCAAACUGCAUAUUUACGGAAGACACUAAAAAAAACUAUAUUAAAAAGCAUCGAAAAUCUGAUCUGAGAUGGAUGGAAUAAGCCCAUUCUUUAAAUUCGUCCUAUAUUUCUCUUUAUUGUACAUUUGUUAGACACGUAUAUCCAUACUAAUGGGAUUGCAUGCUGCCUGUUUGUUUUAUAUAGUUUGUUUAGAGUUUCUUUGCCUCAAAAUGUAGGCCUCAAAAAAACAGUUCGAUGGUUGUUUAUUCUGGUUUAGUUGAGCAUAAACUGAGAGCAUUUUUCUUGAAGAAUUGGAUCUCCCAACUGUUGGGAAUGCCUCUCAUUUGACAUAGUUCUAUAUUAUUUGAAUGACCUUUGACCCCUAGAGCUCUAUGUAUGCGUGCUUGUGUUUUUGCAAGUCUGAUUGAUAAAUAUUCAGACGCGUUUCAAGUUGUAAUACAUCCCGUCUCCCUCUCAUAUGCAAGCACACACACACAAACACACACACACACACAAACACGUCACACUGGGUGGAGUGUCUCUCCUGGGAUGUAGAAUCUAGAGGUGUUGUGAUGAAUAGUUGUGCUGUUGUUUUCAUUGUGGAUCUUUUUCUCUUUCUCUCUUUCUCUUUUUUCUAAAGAAAUUGAAACAGUAUUUGCCAUUUCUAAAUUGUAAUCAGGUGCAAGACUAGAACUAAAGAUUUAUGGGUCCAAGUGGACAUUUGUGCACACAUAUGCAAAUCAUCCCUAUAAUGAUGCGUUUUUCUUAUUUCAUGUUGUAUAGAUAAUGAAUAAUGAAGCGUGGAAAGCAUGAACUUCCACUUGACAAGCACACUGUCGUACACUUUAGAAUCUAUGUCCACAAUUUUGACAUUUCUAAAAAAAUCAAAGGUCACACCUGCAUCAAGGCGAUCCAAAAACAUUUUCCCAAAUCUGCUUUUAUUUAUGUUCCUCGCAUAGCAGUGUACUUGUUGUGUUUUCUGUUGUGACUCCUCACGCUUGCACACUUGGCCUUAAGAGCCUGGGGAUGCUUUGGUUCAGGCCGACGUUUCGAUGAAGAAACGGUGGAAGAAACUGGGAGUCUGGGUGACACGGAUUGGAAUUCUGACCUCUGUUAGCCUCUGUUACUAAAAGCUGCAUCAUGUUUGCCUCCACGGUGACUUCAAGGGUUCGUCCUGGUCACAGGUUAAAUAAGCUUAUUAGCUCUCCUCUCAACAACACUUCUGCUAGUUUUUGUUGUUUUACAGAGGUUUUAUUUUCGUAUCGGACUCGUGGUUGCUCUUGUAUCUUGUCUCAGGGUGCGUGCCAAGGUUUUUGGUUUUGGUUUUUGGUUUUCAGACAUUUUUGAUGGUAGCUGGUGAGCUCAGCCUUCGUUCUUCGCGUAUUUUUGUGUCUUGCGUUUUUGUGUCUUCUUAUAAAACUAAUGGGUGGGUAGCAUGAUUUUUUUUUUUUUUUUUUUUUUUUUUUGUAUAGAGUUUCUAAGCUAAGAAUAACUGAUUCGUAGAGAAAACCAACUAGAUUUGCACAAUUAUUUUGGAUGAAAACCCAACAAGGGCUAUGAAAUAUCUCAAAAUAAAAUCCAGCAAUUCGUUUUUGGUUGUCAGUUGGCUGCUACAGCUAAUCGUUUAAGCUUUGGAUUUGCAAUUGCGUUCAAAAGAUGUGUAUUUUAAGCACACAUCUUUUUAAUACACACUUAUCAAAAGAUGUGUAUUUUAAGCUUCGUAAAUGUACAAUACUGUACAAGAAAACGCCCUACAUGUCUUCAUCUAUGUAAGCUCCCAUUUAAUGUCAUUUGUUUGAAUAAUUUGGCCGGUUUGUUUCGUUCGUGCUGCUCCUCUGAAAUAUGAACACUGGCGUUCCAAAGGGUUGCUCAAAAACAUGCCUUUUUCACAAUUUGCUUAACUUUAUAAAACAUUUAGUAUUCGGACUGAUAACAGCAUGAGAAAAAGGCAAAAUGUUUACAAAAAAGUGUCGUGUUUUACGAGAAUUUUGCCAUGUACAUAGAAAUCGUGAGGCUCGUUCGAAUGGAUAGGUUUAGCAUUCUGUCUCUUUGUUUUGUACGUUUUUACAAGCGAACAGAGAAAUGGCCGUUUGAUAACUAUGCUCCUUUUCCUCAAGUUGUCUUUUUGCCCGACGGGGAUGCUCCAGUGUACCAUGAAUACAAAGUGCACCUCCAACUUUGCCUUAGAACUUCCAGAGGCCAUAGUUCACAUUCAAGUGAAGAGUGUAUGCAGGGGCUGUGAGCCCCCAUGUUUCGGCUAGCAGAGCGGACUCUCUCUCUCUCACACUUAUCUACCUGUGAAAUCCUUCAUACCUCUCAUUACUGGUCAAUGACUGUAUCAGCAAACUGCAUCAGGUGUUUUUUCUACAUGCUUUUUACACAGAUUAUAUGGAUUAUUGUAUUGGUAGAUUUUGGUGCAUCAUUUUUAAUGGAAUAGCUCUUUGGCUUGUAGUCACACGAGUUGUUUUUCUCUCUCUAUCUCUCUUUCUGACUCUUUAUCGCAUUUUUUCUAGAAGACUGUUUUGUGUUAAUAUUGUCGAUUUGAGGUAGCUGUUUCUUUGCUUAUUCUGUACUAAGAGUUUUUACUUUUUUUUUCAUUUCGAAAUGCUACAUGACCCUAAUGACUUAAAAACCAUUGUACAUACGGUAUUGUGCAGGACUCAUUUUCAUGCAUUUCAAUUGCUAGUGUUAUAUAAUUGACAGAUUUUGUCUAGACACCAUUUCUGUUUAUGAAAUAAAGAAACAUAUCAUGUAA